AUGUCUCCUUCAAGAAAGCUUCUUGUUCCAUGGCGAAACCAACCUUCGUAUCUGCCGAUAAUGUCAAUUUCGCAUUCAAAUCCUUCACGAUUCGAAACCUCACGUUCCUCGGCGAUUCCCAUCUCCGAAACGGCGUCGUCGGACUCACGAGAGAGCUCGGCGUUCCUGAUACGACCUCGGGCACGGUCAUCUACAACACACCGAUCCGGAUUCGAACACCACAGCUUCUUUCUUCACACACUUCUCCUUCUCCGUCCAAAACGUGAACCCAGAUUCCAGGAAGUCCCGUGGGUCUCGUCAAUUCCUCUCAGCCCAUCGCUUCGUCGCAAUCGAAUUCGACACCAAAUUGGAUCCUCAUUUCAACGACCCGAGCGGAAAUCACGAAUCGCGACCUCGGAUCCACCCGUUUCGUCUCAAAUUGAUCUGAAAUCUGGGAAAUCGAUCACUGCCUGGAUCGAUUACAAGAAGGUCCUUUGCGUUUAUUGA